AUGGUGGUGACGCGUAGGGUGAUUGACGCGUCAGUACCCGGCCGUUGGACGGCUGUCCAGAUACAGGAGGAACUCACAAUCUUUAUCGAGCGAGGUUCCGGACACGGUGAGUCGAUCCGCUUUGCCAGCAAGGGCGACGAGCAACCGGAAUGCGAAGUGGGGGACUUGAUCGUGGUCCUCCACGAGCUGGAGCAUCAACGUUUCAGGCGUCGAGGAGCCGAUCUCUUCAUGAAAUUGGAGAUCGGCCUGGCAGAGGCUCUUAGCGGUUUCAGGCGCAGUCUCCAACAUCUGGACGGGCGGCGGAUUCUCGUAAAGGGCGACCCGGUUCUGGAGGUGGACGGCCCAUUUACCAAGGCAGUGAAGGGCCAGGGCAUGCCGCUAAAGGGCAGGCCGUUCAUUUGUGGCAAUCUUUUUUUGGAGAUUCACAUCCACUUCCCCGAGAAGUUAGAUGCUUCAAUGAUGCUUCUGCUCGACGACGUGCUUCCACGCGGCGUGAAUUCGGCAGAGAUUCGUGAUGUCGAUGCCGUGUGUACCUUUGCAGAUGCCGACCCAUUUGCGCAGGGUUUGCAAGCAGGCUAA